AUGCGACCAGUGUCCGUAAUGGCGCCAACCUCUGGCGCAAGUGCGGCAACAGCGGCAGCGCUUACGCUGGCGGCCGCUGUAGCUCGAACAGCCGGCUUGAGCGACCGGCAUCACCGGCACACCGCUCCCACCGUUGGGCUCCCCGGGGGGUCGUUCCUGGAAGUCGACAGCGAGCUGCCGGGACCAAACCUCGACGAUGGGACGCCGACGAAGCUCUACUCGCUGUCGCUCGGGCGCGCGUUCCACAACCACACGGAGAGCGCCGAGCUGACGGCGGCGGUGGACGCGAAGAAGCUGGCGAGACGAGACUGGCAGGGACGCCGGUCGUUGUAUAUGUCGUUCGAGGACACGCCGCUGUUCCCGGGCUGGGGCACCCAUUUCGCCUACGUCUAUGCGGGCACGCCACCGCAGAGGGUGUCGGUCAUCAUCGACACCGGCAGCCACUUCACCGCGUUCCCGUGCUCCGAGUGCGAGAACUGCGGGAGCCACACCGACCCGCACUGGGACCAGAGCAAGUCGACCUCGUCGCAUAUCGUAACCUGUGAGGAUUGCCAUGGGUCCUUCAGGUGCCAAAAGGAUAAGCGGUGCGGGUUCAGCCAGAGGUAUAGCGAAGGAAGCUCUUGGAGGGCCUACCAGGUGGAGGAUGUGUUGUGGGUUGGAGAGCUCACUCUCCAGCAAUCCGAGAAGAUCAACCACGACGAGUCCGCCUAUUCGGUGGAGUUCAUGUUCGGGUGCAUCGAGAGCCAGACGGGCCUCUUCAAGACGCAGCUCGCGGACGGGAUCAUGGGCAUGAGUGCCGACAGCCACACGCUCGUGUGGCAGCUCGCCAAGGCUGGGAAGAUUAAGGAACGAACGUUCUCUCUCUGCUUCGGGAAAAACGGAGGGACCAUGGUCAUCGGAGGCUACGACACCCGGCUGAACAAGCCCGGCCAUGAGAUGAUGUACACCCCGUCAACCAAGACCAACGGUUGGUUUACGGUUCAGGUAACGGACAUCACCGUGAACCGGGUGAGCAUCGCGCAGGACCCCGCGAUUUUCCAGAGGGGAAAGGGCAUCAUCGUGGACAGCGGGACUACGGACACCUACCUCCCCAGGAGCGUAGCGAAGGGCUUCAGCGCUGCCUGGGAGAGGGCCACUGGAUCGCCAUACGCGAACUGCAAGGACAACCACUUCUGCAUGAUCUUGACCUCGGCCGAGCUGGAAGCUUUGCCGACCGUAACGAUUCAUAUGGAUGGCGGGUUGGAAGUGAAUGUCCGGCCUUCGGGGUACAUGGACGCUCUCGGCAAGGACAACGCGUACGCGCCCAGGAUCUACUUGACGGAAUCCAUGGGGGGUGUACUCGGCGCGAACGUCAUGCUAGACCACAACGUCGUGUUCGACUAUGAAAACCACUUGGUGGGCUUCGCAGAAGGCGUCUGCGACUACAGGGCCGACAAUCAGGGAUCCGUCCCCGGGGGUGUCGGUGCACAGGAGAAGCUUGCACAACAGGAGGUGCCGGCGGACGAGGACUGCGUUACCGCCAAGAAACGGGUGCAGAAGUGCAACGCCAGGUGCCCGAAGGGCUUGGAGGAACCGGAGACCAUCAAAGGCAACGAGAUCUGGGAGGAUGUGAUCAUCACCCACCCGAAGGGAUCGGGAAAAGCCUGCCCCGAGGCCAUGGAGAAAGAGAGUCGAGAAUGUGUCGAGGACUGUCCCGCGGACCCCCUGGUGCUCGAAGGAGACGAGAAGGCGACGAAAGAGGGGGGCGACGGGGAGAAGAAGGAGGCGACGGAGGGGGGGGGUGGGGAGCCGGCGGUGCAGCUGGUUGUUAGGGCGGGGGGGGUCGAGAGCUCGACUCAAGGGACGUAUUGCUCGAUCGACCAGGAGCUGUGGACGGAGUGCUCCUUGGACUGCCUUCAGGAGAGGUUCCUCGACGAUGAGUGCGGAAAGGAAGCCGAGGCGAGGGCAUGCAACCUGGGCAACGUAUGUCCCACCAGCAAGGCGGGCCUCCUCCUGUCCGUGGGCGUAGGCCUCAAGAUCGACGUCGGCGACGCCGGCGUGUCGGAGGAGCACUCCGAGCUCUGGCUUACGUGGCUCGGGACGACCGUAGCGGACGCCGUCGCCGAGCUCACGUCCUUAGCGGCCGGGAACGUGGAAGCCGCCGUCACCUGCACGGACCCUCGGGCCGCAGAUAUCGCCGCCUUUGGCGGAGCAGCGGGAGCGAGUUUUGACUGCGAAGCCAAGGUGGAGAUGCACCUGACCCCUAAGGUUGACAGCGUUGCCGCGGACAAGGUCGCCCAGGUGUUCAACAACGGCACGGGCUCCUCCUCCUCGUUCUCGGCAUCCCUGUCCGCCGCCCUCCAGUGGGCUAAGCGGCAGCACUGGCUCCUGUCGGGCGUAACCGUGGCGGCGGGGUCCGCCGGGCCCGUCUCGGUGUUCAUUGCCAGCAACGGGGAGGCCUACCACCCCCAGGAAAGCAACCGCCUCCAGAGCGCGAGACCCGGCAGGUCCGGCUCCGGCCCGCAGGGUGCCAGGCUGAUGCUCACGCUCGCGGGCGUGGUGGUUGCGGUUCUCGCCGCGCUCGUGCUUCGGGUGAAGCACUUGAGAGUGCCGGGGGAGGGGGAGGGGAGGCCGUCUGGGGCGGCGGCGGCGGCGGCGGCUGCGGUGCUGGGUUACCGUCGGGUGGACGAGGUGGAGAUGUCCGCUCGUGGUGGCGGUCACUCUCGCGACGCUUCGCGGGAGCUAUCGAUACGCUCACGCUCCCCCUCCGUCGCCGCCGCUAGCGGCGGCGACGGAGGGGGCGAGGGGGUAGAUUCUGCUGAGGGCCGUUUUGCGGUACGAAGAACGGUAGGGGAAGGCAAGUGA